GGUUUCUGACAACGACCUUGCUAAAUAAUAAACAACAAUAUUUUCCUUUUUACACACUGACGGAAUUUCACCAGAAGCCGCAUAAGGAAACAAAAAAUAUAAUAAUUUAUUGUAAAAUAAUUAAACUUAUUUAUAAAGUAUAAAGAAAUUAAAAAAAUUGUCACAUAUAGGAAAAGGGUCAAGCAAAAUGUCAGCAUUUAUAGAAGAAACCUCGAAUCGAUUAUUACCCAGAAUUGUGCUAAUCGCAUGUGGAUCAUUCAGUCCACCAACACCUAUGCACUUUCGUAUGUUUGAGAUCGCAAAAGAUCACUUUGAAAUGCAGGGUACACACAAAGUUAUAGGCGGGAUUGUUUCACCCACUCAUGAUGCAUAUGGUAAAAAAGGUUUAGCACCCGGCAAACAUCGUUGCUCCAUGGUAAAAUUGGCUUUGCAAUCCUCCACUUGGAUACGUUUGUCGGAAUGGGAAACGCAACAAGAUGGCUGGUCACGCACUCAGGCUGUUCUGCAGUAUCAUCAAAAUUUCAUGAAUAAUUAUAUAAAUUCUCCUGAUUUGGAUAAUAUGAAUAGUGGAGAUCAUCAAAUACCCAGCUGGUUGCCUUCAAGUCUAAGGGAACGACGUGAUCCAGUGCAAUUGAAACUUUUAUGUGGAGCUGAUUUGUUAGAGUCAUUUGCUGUACCUGGUUUGUGGGCGGAAGAAGAUAUUGAAGAUAUUAUUGCCAACCAUGGUUUAGUUGUUAUUUCACGCAGUGGUUCAAAUCCUGAGAAAUUUAUAUUUGAUUCAGACACUUUAACGAAAUAUCAACGUAAUAUAACUUUGGUCACCAAUUGGGUAUCAAAUGAAGUCAGUUCAACUAUGAUACGACGAUUACUGGGACGUGGUCAAUCCUGUAAAUAUCUUAUAGAUGAUAUGGUUUUGGAAUAUAUAAAACAAUUUGGUUUAUACCAAUCGAACACCGAUUCUAGCUGACCUCCUCCUUCUUCUAACACCUUAAAAUGCACUUCAACUACUGCCAUCACAACUGGUAGCAACACCAAAACCACCACAACAACAAUUACUACUACUGCUAACCUUGCUACUAAUAGUAGAAGUCUUACAAUAAAUUCUGAUAAUAAGAAUCAAAAUUUAAACAUCGAUUUACAAUUUUUGUCUUCAAAAUCUUCCAACAAUUCUUCUUCUGUAAUAGCACCAGAACACAAUAAUUUAGCACAUGUUACCUGGAAGUUAUAUAUGGAGUGUGAGUGUUAUUAGAGAAAUUUGUAAAAAUCAAAACCGAAAAAGAUCAAACAAAUUGUUAAUUUAAUCUUAUUGUGAUAUUUUAUUUUAAUUUUUAAUUUCAAUUACAUUUUCGUUAUUGAAAAAACGUAA